CCUCCCAACCCUAGCUAGCAGCUAAUCCCAUUUCCCCCAAUAAAUUCUCCUCGAUCCCAUCCGUUUCCAUCUCCAAUCGAGAUUGAUUCAUUUCUACAGCCAUGGCGGCCGAGCAAGAUCUGCUCUCCACCGAAAUCGUUAACCGUGGCCCCAUGACUUUCUCCGUCAGGGUGCGCCGGAGGCUGCCGGACUUCGUGCAGUCGGUCAAUUUGAAGUACGUUAAGUUGGGGUACCAUUACCUGAUCAACCAUGGCGUCUAUCUCGCCACAAUCCCCGUCAUUCUUCUCGUUUUUGGGGCGGAGGUCGGCAGCUUCAGCCGGGAGGAGGUCUGGCGGAGGAUCUGGGAGAGCACCGCCGCCUACGAUCUCGCCACCGUCGUCGCCUUCCUUGCGCUGCUUGUUUUCACCGUUGCCGUUUACUUGAUGUCCCGCCCGCCGUCGAUCUAUCUUCUUGACUUCGCUUGCUACAAACCGGGUGACGAUCUGAAAGUAACGAAAGAGCAGUUCAUUGAGCUUGCCCGGAAUUCCGGCAAGUUCGACGAAGAAAGCCUGGAAUUCCAGCGCCGGAUUCUGCAAACCUCCGGCAUCGGAGACGAAGCCUACGUCCCCAAAUCAAUUGCGUCGCCGGAGAACACGGCGACGAUGAAAGAAGGUCGGGCGGAAGCUUCGACGGUGAUCUUCGGCGCGCUGGACGAGCUCUUCGAGGUGUCUCGAGUCCGGCCGAAGGACAUCGGAGUGCUCGUCGUGAAUUGCAGCCUGUUCAAUCCGACGCCGUCGUUGUCGGCGAUGGUGAUCAACCGGUACAAGAUGAGGGGGAACAUUCUGAGCUUCAAUUUGGGGGGGAUGGGGUGCAGCGCCGGUGUAAUCGCCCUCGAUUUAGCGCGGGACAUGUUGCAGGGAAACCCUAACAGCUACGCCGUCGUGGUGAGCACGGAGAUGGUCGGCUACAAUUGGUACCCGGGGAAGGACCGUUCGAUGCUCAUCACCAAUUGCUACUUCCGGAUGGGCUGCUCCGCCGUGCUGCUCUCCAACCGCCGCCGCGACUACCGCCGUGCAAAGUACAGGCUCGAGCAUAUCGUCCGGACCCACAAAGGCGCUGACGACCGGAGUUUCAGGAGCAUAUAUCAGGAAGAAGACAACGAGAAGUUAAAGGGAAUCAAAAUCAGCAAAGAUCUGUUCGAAAUCGGUGGGGAUGCGAUCAAGACCAACAUCAUCACACUAGGCCCCCUCGUCCUCCCCUUUUCCGAGCAGCUCAUCUUCUUCGCCGCCCUGGUCUGGAAGAUCCUCCGCCGCGGCGGCAGCAAAUCAUCGCAGCCGGAGAAGCCAUACAUUCCGGACUACAAGCUCGCCUUCGAGCAUUUCUGCGUUCACGCGGCGAGCAAGACGGUCCUGGACGAGCUGCAGAGGAACCUGAAGCUGAGCGACGAGAACCUGGAAGCCUCACGCGCCGCCCUCCACCGGUUCGGCAACACCUCCAGCAGCAGCAUCUGGUACGAGCUGGCGUAUCUGGAAGCCAAGGAGAAGAUCCACCGCGGAGACCGGGUCUGGCAGCUGGCAUUCGGGUCGGGUUUCAAGUGCAACAGUGUCGUCUGGAAGUCCACGGGCAAGAUCCGGAAACCCGCCCGGAACCCGUGGCUUGACUGCAUCGAUAGGUACCCUGUUGCUGAUCAUCGUUUUCAGGCUUAAUUGAGGUUUUGGGGAUCAUCGUAUUUAUGUUACUGGCUGUUUGGAUUUCAAUUAAUUUCUAUCCCCAUUUGAUUAAGUAUCCAGAUUAUAUACUGUUGUUA